AUGGUAAAUUCAGCAGCCCCGGCCUCGUAUAUAGGGUGGGAGGAGGUGGUGGUUCCAGGCGAGAACGUACGGCGAGAGGUCCAUUAUUAUUUAAAGCGGAACGACGGCGGCGGGCCGGAUCUGGUCGUCGUCGGGAAGGAGAAGUGCCCAAAGCGGAUGUAUUAUUAUGGGAUUAGAGAUAAGAAGUAUUUGCUUUCGUCCUUGAAGUAUUCUUCUCUCUUGAAGCUCAGGUCUAGAAGAGAGGUGUUUGAUUGGCUCAAUUCAAUCGUUCCAGAUGUAAGUCAGAAUCAUUUUUUUGAAGAAUUUGGUGGUUAUAUGGAAAACAGAGGUGCCCACAAGUUGGAUGCUGAUAUUAUUAAAGAUGUUCAAAUGCAGAAGCCAGGCCUGUAUACGAUGGAAUUUAUGUGGUUGGGGUCAUCGUGGACUUGCCGGAAAAGGCGGAAGCACUAUUUAUCAUUUUGCCGCAAUGGUAUUAAAAUAUCUGUUCAUGACUUUGUUUACGUAUUGGCCGAAGAAGAUAAACGACUCGUGGCUUACUUAGAUGAUAUGUAUGAAGAUUCCCGGGGCAACAAGUUGGUUGUGGUACGAUGGUUUCACAAAAUUGAUGAGGUUGGUUUUGAUUUGCCUCAUAACUAUAAUGACAGAGAGAUUUUCUUUUCUCUCUGUCUUCAAGAUCUCAGUAUCGAAUGCAUUGAUGGACUGGCAACAGUCCUCAGUCCAGAGCAUUACGAGAAAGUUUUGAAGGCAGAAACAACUUUUCAGUCAGUACCAUUCGUUUGCUGUAGACAGUUUGAUAAUGAUGAUAUCAAGCCAUUUGACAUAACACGACUUAAAGGUUACUGGAAACAGGAAAUACUUAGAAAUAUAUCUUCUUCUUCACCGUUUGGAACAUCUGAUGAUAAUAUUAAGGUAGAAGGAACUCUUAGUGAUGCGGUUGGAAGUAGAUCCAAGAAGAGACUUCGACAGUCUAAAGAUUGUGCGAUAUACUUGCAACCUGCCAAAAAAAGAGAGGUUGAUGCUAGCCCCAAAGAUGGCAGUGGUGGUUUCAUCAGUUCGGAAGGCUGCAAGAAAAUGGUCAGUCUGAAUGAAGGCUGCACUUCUGUCUCCUUAUCAUGGCAAUAUCCAAGAAUAUUAAUGCGUACGCAAUGUUUGACUAUUGGUUCUCCAGUUGAAGUGCUUUCUCAAGAUAGUGGCAUCAGAGGUUGCUGGUUCAGAGCUUUGAUCAUCAAAAGGCACAAAAAUAAGGUCAAAGUGCAGUAUCGAGAUAUCAAAGAUGCAACUAAUGAUGCAAAAAAUCUGGAGGAGUGGAUUUUGGCGUCUCGAUUAGCCAUGCCAGAUGAGUUAGGUAUUCGAUUUUGUGGAAGGACCAUUGUUAGACCUGUGUCCUCGUCUGAAAAGGGUAACAUUUCUUUGGUAGUAAAUGUUGGAAGCAUUGUUGAUGCUUGGUGGCAUGAUGGGUGGUGGGAAGGCAUUGUGAUGAAGAAAAAAAUGGAGGAUAAGCUGCAUGUUUAUUUACCAGGGGAAAAGCGAGAGAUGAUCUUCAGUCUAAAUGACUUGAGGCAUUCACAAGAAUGGAUUGAAAAUGGGUGGAAAGCUAUCAAGGAAAGGCCAGAGGUAGUCCCAAUAUUAUCUGGGCUCGAAAGAAAGCUAUGUGUUGGAACAUCCUCUGAUGUUAAUCCUGAUGCUGCUCCAUAUGUCGAUAGAGAUCUUGUUGAUACCAUUCAUGCUGAUGCUUUGGCUAUACAGAAACUAGUCGGAUGUGACAGCUCUAUGAUUAGCAGCGAUGAGAAGAAGCCAGAUGAGGCGGCAAGUGACCUCUCAAGUGAUGGUUUGCUCACUCAGUUAAAAUGGAUGUCUUAUGGAAAGAGAAGACGUGGUAGGGACCCCAUUCACAAAGUCCAUUAUGGUGGUAAUAGUAAUGAGAAGUACUCAGCAAUGGGGACUUUAAAGAGAUUCUUUGCCCCACCAUCUUUGAAAAUUGAUCCAGAAAAUUGUAAAUAUGUCAAUGAUACUCUCUUUAAUUCAUCUGUUGCGUCACCAGUGACAAGCUUGGUAAUGUCUAGGUGA